CCAGGGACUGGGAGGAACCAGGCGGCGGCUGAGACCUGUCCGUUCGCCAAUGAGGAAGCAGCAGCAGCAGCAACAGGGUGAGGCGGCGGCGGGAGAAGAGAGGGCGCCGCGCAAAGGGCAUGUGCCGGUGCUCAUUGGGCUGGGGCAGGAGCUGCGGAGGUUCACGGUGAGGGUGGAGGAGCUGAGGCACCCGAGCUUCGUGAAGCUGCUGGACAUGGCGGCCAGGGAGUUCGGGUACCGGCAGGAGGGAGUGCUUAGGAUUCCUUGCGACGAAAAACGAUUCAGGCAGGUGAUGCAGGAGAUCACCGGCAAUCCUGUUCGAUAGAAUGCCUCAGCGAGAUCGGUUGCAUUCAUCCAGUAAAUUCCCAUUCUGUAUAUUUCAGAUUGAAGGAGUUGAGAGUAAAAAAAUAAAAAUGGAUAAACAUUUAUUUUUAUUUUUAUUUUUACCUUUUCAUCUCAUUUUUUUUUCUUCUUAAGAUAAAAAAUGUUUAAUUUAUUUGUUUAGAUAUUUAUUUCAACGUG